AUGCUGUCCCUUAGCGGCAGCUGUAUUCCUCUAAAAAUCAGUCUUACAGAAAUAAAAAAAGUCUUCUUGUUCUUCCGAGUCAUUAUCGAGUAUCGAGAGUAUCUUUACCUUUCCUUUCUAGGGGAUCUCAAUAGAACCUUCAGUCUCUUCAAAUGGAUCCUCAGGGGGAAGACUAAACGAUUCAUCUAACAGUUGGGCGAUGCCAACCUUUUCCCACCCUUUAGUGUACAGCCCUUCGUGGAUUCCAUGUUUACAAAGAAAUUUGGAAGCCCAUCGUCGGGCAGCUUUUGAGAUGUUCUCACAAACGAAACAAUCUACGAUCGUUACGCAAUCGCAGCUAACAAACGGCUCCGUGGUUGCCUGGCCGAUUCGAUUAUAGGCCAUUUGCCCAGAGAGAUUUCUAGAGCUACUCGCUUUUUCUUAUUGAGAGGUGGGAUGGUUCAUCUUUAAAGUUACUGAUGAAAACUAUCGUCGAUCCCCAUUGAUUCAGGGAGGUCUGGAAAUUCCUGUUGAGGUGAUAUGUGAACUGUACGAAACACCAAGGAACAGGGCAAUAAUGGAAAGAUACAAGACACUCGUAACUACACACUACAAGGAGCCGGGACAGGAUGGUCAAUUUGACGACUGUACAAAGGAAGUAUUGGAGGAACUGUGCGAAGAUGAUUACUCAGAUGCCGAUGAAGAACUUGAGGCGAAUCUUGACACUGAUUAA